UUUCUCCUCUGCUUGUUCUCAUUCUAGCCAGUGAUGGUUGAUUUCGCAGCGGAAUAUAAGGAUCCACCUAUGGAAAGUUGGAAAGCAGCCCGUUUGCACUGGCAAUAUGUGAUAAAUGGCACGAGUUUGAACUGAGUUUGAGCGCCGUUCGUGUCUCGUCCGCUUAGUUUUAGCCGGCCCGGAUUCUUUGCGUCAGCAGCGGCGAACCAGCACAAAGGGAGUAUGUUGUUGUGUGAGAGAAGAGGAAUCAUCGAUUUGCAAAUUCUGGGCCUGAGCGGCACAAGCUCGGCGAGAUGGAUCUGCUGCGCGGCCACCCGUUGCAACCUCGAUGGAUUAUAAACGCGGCGUGAAUUCGUAGGGGAUUUUUCGCAAUCGCCUCUCGGUGCACCGCCGGUGCUUGUUGCUGCCAAUUCGCCAAUCUCUGCCCCCAUGAUGAAGUGAAUCGCAGCUCGCGCGCCCCCCCAGGAAAAUAGGCACCCCGCUGCGUUUGCUGCUCUCCGAAUUCGCGUGUCGAGAAAAUUAUAACAGGAACGAACCGAAUAGAUUUCGUGACCGGUGUGAAGAAAAGAGAAAACCUAAAUAGUGUGCGCCGUUUUCCGUGCGGUUAUCUACUAUAUUUUGCCCAGGAGAGUGGCCGCAGCAACGAGACGGACCGAUUUCAGGGCCGGAGAGUACUCAGUUGAUGCAAUCAGUGGACCAUUAAUCUCAACCAUGAGCUGUACACUCGGACAAAAUGGCACCUUUACUGUUCAGCAACUCACAACUCGUAAUCGCUACCAAGAUGUCCAGCGUGAAGACUGAGCAAGUGUACAUCCCGCCCGUGGCGCAGCAGGCAGCGCCGUCGGCGGCCAUCGGCAGCAGCGGCGGCCAACUCUCGGUCAUCAGCAAGUCUCCAGCGGCGGCGGCGACAGCGCCAGAGGCGGCGGGGCCGCCCGACGAGAGCCGCGUGUUCGUGACGGUGACCACGACGGUGGUGCAGCGCGAGCAGCAGACGGCGGCCGCUGCCGACGCUUCCUUCGGCCUGGCCAACAACGAAGGCUGUCGCUUACGCACCACCACCACGUCCACCACCGUCGACGCCUCCUCCCCGUCCAACAACAAGGGUGCCAACAACGCGACCGUCGGCGCCGACGCGUCGCCGCAAGCCAAUAACAACGCCAUGGCCGCCGUCGUCGCCGUUCCUAGGACUAACAAACCCUGCUGUUUUUGUUGGUGCUGUUGUUGUACCUGCUCAUGUCUGGCCGUCAAGUCCAGCGAUGAGCUCAACACAAAAAAUAAAGAGGCCAACUACUUGGACUCGCUAACCUGUGAUGGAGAACCUCCGCCUACCCUCGAGGAUAUCAGAAGCUGGGGCCAUUCUUUCGACAAGCUUAUGAAAAGUGCAGCUGGUCGCAAGGUGUUCCGUGACUUUUUGAAGUGUGAAUACAGUGAGGAGAACAUUUUGUUCUGGCUGGCUUGUGAGGAACUGAAGAAGGAAUCCAAUCCGGAAGUUGUUGAAGAGAAGGCCAGAUUUAUUUACGAAGAUUACAUCUCAAUACUCUCUCCAAAAGAGGUUAGUUUAGAUUCUAGAGUGAGAGAAGUAGUGAACAAGAACAUGGUGGACCCGACACCUCACACGUUCGACGAGGCUCAGCUUCAGAUCUACACGCUCAUGCAUAGAGACUCGUACCCACGAUUUAUUAAUUCGCACAUAUUCAAAAGAUUAGCUCAGCUCAACAACAACUCAACAAUAACGUGCAGUGGACCAGGAGGUGCGGGGGGCAGCAAUUCGCCGCCCCCGGGGGGCAGCAGCUCUUCGCGGAAGGAGAGCUUCGCGUAAUGUGCCCCUCGCCGGCUGGCGCACAGUGGAUUUUUUUUCGCAAAAAAAGAGACGCUGCGAGUGCCGCGAAAAAAUCGCCCUCUGUGUACCAAACACCCCAAGCAACUUAAUCUUCUAGUCUCGACGCCCAUUGACAAUUAAUUAGCAAGACCAAAUGAGAAAAACGAAAAUGCUUCUUUGGACUGUUUGCGUUUUUGAAGAGGAAGAAAAACGUCACACAUGGUGGGGUCGGAUUCGUAGAAGCGAUGGAGGCAAAAAAAUCGAGACAUGAAAUUAUAUAAAUCGUUACAAAAACCGCAAAAAGCAUAAAUAAGAGUAAAGUCAUCGUGCAAACUAAACCGAUGACUUUGUAAAAGCUUUAAUUAAAAAUAGUGUCUAUAACCCAGAAUAACAAACACACAACUGUAUGUGUAGUGAAAAACGCGCGUGAUGAUUUCUCAUGCAGUAUAUGACGUUGCGUAAUUAUCUGAAUAAUUAAUAUAUUAUUCUAGACAAAAAGAAAACACACACCUGAUUGAAUAUCUCUCGUCAAAACUAUAGUGCAACAAGUAUAAAAGUUCUCUUUCUCAAGUAAAAACUACUGAUGUAUAACUCUGAUAAGAAUCCAAUCAACAUAAUAUUAUUGUGUUUGCUGUUCUACUGCUGUAAAACGUAACAAAGAGGUAUAUCUGGUCCUUAUGAAUAUAAACGCCACUAGUCUCAUCACACACACACAAUUAAGUCAUAACAGAAAUAUGUUUAUGUAGCGCAAUCGAGAUGAUUUUCCAAUUAUUUCACAACAAUUAACUCCUGCAAGUGGAUACAGAAGCGUUAUUAUUAUACUCAUCCAGCAGGAGAAAAUCAAAGUGAGAGCAAAUCUCAUAAUAUUACGUCUCUCACACGUUAGAAAUGUUAAACGUUGUUUAAGUAAAACAUUUCCAAAGGAAUUUUUCAUAAGCGAAGUGAGAAAUUUCAUUCGGACCUGUUACGCUAGGGAAUUUUAAGUCUCAGUCUUUUUAAGAAAAAAAAAAUUCAAGCAACGAUAUCUACGAAAACCUAAUUUUAUUGCAAAUUGGAACUUUUGACCGUGUUGUGGAAUUUCCAAAUCUAAAAAGUGAUAUCCAAAUUAUACGAUACGUGCAGAAAAUUGGCCUAGAGAGUAAGAAAAAAAAUUGGUGCGUGCCAAACAAAAUUUUGAAAGAGCUGCUGGUCCUAAUUUUCUGAUCGCGAUUCCUGCAGGGCCUAUUAUAAUCGACUCGUCGCGUACAUUAUAUACACACACCCCUUUAACGAGUGAUAUCACUUUUUAGUAAAUAAGGUCUCAAACGCACAAACGAUUAGUCUCAAAUAAUGUCUACAAUGUAAAUCGCCUAAUUGAGUUUUUCGUCAUUAUUUAAUACAAAACAGAGAGAGAGGAAAUGAUCCAACGAAAACCAGGCAAAUUUUUGUUUGUUUUGAGAAAACCAGCAGUGAUGAAAAUUAAUUCAGUUCAGGGCGAGCUCAAUUUGACAUUGCUUCAGAGAGGACAUUUGUUUGAUUCUAGCUGAUAUUAAAAUAUAUAUCUAAUCCUAAUUGGCGCGAUUUUUUGCGCUGCCAUAUUUAAAAAAAAAAAAAGUGGAGAGAGAUCUUAGUUUGACAUGAUUUUGUUUUCUCUAUAAAAGUCAUGCAGGGAACAGGAUUUUUGUUUCAUCCGACGAGGAGAGCGCGUGAAUUAAAAUUAGUUAAUUAAUUUAUUGUACGUACACGACGUGUAAAAAGCGCAAAGUGUUUGUUUGAGAAAAGUGACACACACACACACAAUGUGAUUGCAAAACUUUACUUAAUUAGGUGUUGCGUGUUGAUUUAAUAAACAGUGUAUAUUGAGUGACCGCGAGUGCGAAUUUCUUGUACGAAAAAACACCACGCUCCGGUGGAUGGUUUUUUUGUUGAUGCUAAAAGUAUGUGAUCGCAAAAGGAAGAAACAAUAGAAUUGAUUAUUAGCUAUACAUGAAUUUGCAAAUCUAUUCAUCUCGAGAAGUAUAAAAAAAAGUAGCAGAAAUUGAAAGUGUCGUGUAUAAUUACGCGGUUGAUUGUUUCUUUUUAUAUUCGUUGUCUAUUUUGUCCAACAUGAGAAAUGCGCCAAAACAAAAACUGCUGGUUGAUAAGUGUUUAUUGAAGCGGUAUUUUACUAUUGACUUACUGUUUGAGUGAGUGAAGAAAAUCAAUGAUAAGUGUUUGUUGCGAAAAGUUACGUAUUUUCCUGCGUGACAGUUUUUGUGCGGUGAAAAAAUUGCUGUUCUUCUUUACGGUUGAAUUUUUCGAAUGGCGCCGGACGAGAAAAUUUGAUCCAGCUUGUUUCAAUUCAAAGCGCAAGUGGAAAAUUUCUAACCCCCUCCGAAUUUUCCAUCUCGAGCUUUAGCCGCAAAGCUUAAGCUGGAUCCGGCUGCCAUUUGUGAUAUAAAAAAAAAAAAUGAAUAAUAAACUUCUGCCCCACGAUAUAUCAGGUCGUUCGAUUUUAACCGAUAUCAAUACCAAAAUGGACCACAAGCAAAUAUUUUAUGUCAAAAAACGGAUCUUAAAAUUCAUAUAUUAAAUUUACUAUACUAUAAAGUGUUGAUUUUUGCAGUGCAUAACAAUUUGAAAAGGCUCGUUUUAGUUUUUUUUAAAGUGUAGUCGGGUCGCAUCACCAUGAAAUAUGAAUUAUAACAAUUCGAGCAUUAAGAGAUGCAAAAUUCUACUUCUUACAAAAUGGUUCAAAUCGAUGAAAUGUUACGGCAGAAAUAAAAAUUGUUGCUGCCACGUUAUUAAGGAAUUAUAAAUCGCUGUUGAAUAUAUAAUUGCUGCUUAAUUUUGUAAGCGCAGAGAUCCGCUAAAAUUAUAUAGCUGUUGGAAUGAUGAGAGAAUUUUCUUCCCAAGGCAAUCACUCACACUGUGUACCAACCACAAAACAACUCCAAUAACAAUAAAUACACAAGUUGUAUAUUAAACUAUGCAAAAACAGAAUGCAUUCGUGUAUGAUAUAAGAAGCAUUGAUUUCUCAUAGCGCGACAAACUUUGGUGCGAGAAUGGAAUGCGCGAAAGACCCCUCACUAAGUAGGCGAUAACGUGUAAGAUAUAAUAUUCUGUAUUGAUUGUUAGCAUUCCUAUGUAUAAAUAUGCAGAUAUGCACACUUACAGACGGUACGUGUUGUUGUGGAAAUAAAAAUUUGAAAAAAAUAAAAAUACACAAGAUGAAGUUAGUUGGCAAAAAAAAGAACUCACGCGGCACACACACAAAAAGAUAACUAUUAAGAAAAUGUGACAUUUUUUGCGUGGGCAAAUAAAAAUAGUUUAAAAGCGCACUUUUAGUACGAUGGAAACCCCCGAAUCGUUUCAUCCUGUCUUUAAUAAGAGUGUGUCUUUUUUAAGGAAAACAAAUACUUUCCAAAAAUGAUAUAUCACCCGAAACUACUACUGUAGAGGCGAGCAAAUCGCCAUACACAAAAUCAAGCCACCCGGUCGAGCAGAGUAGAUUUUUCUCGAAUUUAGCCUCUAAAAAUCUCCUCUGCGAGUGGCCGAGUGGAAAAUUUAAAUUUGUUACAAUAAAUAAAUGUUUACCCAAGCGAGGAAACAAUUAAUUAUUAUUACGGAAAAAAAUGGGAAAAUUCAUUCACUUUAUAUUGCAGGUGGGUGUUGUAAAAAGAUCACAGGUUGGUGUACCAAGGAUUCUUAUAUUAAGCAUAGCCAUUCAGUUGCUUGGUGAAAAUCGAUUGCUGUAUAAAAAUAAUUAACUCUAUGACAAACACACACACACCGAAAAAGAAAGCGUACUUUGUCAAAAUCCACCUGCGAGCAAAACGCAACAGGCUACAAAUAACAUGAUUGUGACAUUUUACUUAAGGUAUUAAAAUAAAUAUUAAUUGCGCUGUUAUGUUGGAGCAUAUACAAGUAUAUCGAUCAAAUAUAAAUAUAUAAGUAACAAAAUAGAACCAUACUUAAGGAAUAAAGAAAACAAGUGGAAUGAUGUGUAUGUAUGAGAAUAAAAUAUUAUAUAAAAUCAAGAAAUAUUCGGCAG